CCUCAUGUACUCUCCUUCCUCCGCAGUCCUCCGUUAUUUCCGCUCGGAACCGCACUAACAUCCACGCGCACCUGCACACUGCCCAUCCUCAUCACCAUCUUCAUCACCACCACCAUCAUCUUCAUCACCACCGCAUCCGCAGACAUGGACUUCUCUAUCCGCGCGGCCAACGUGGAGGACUGCAAGGACAUCGCGCGGAUGAUCACGGAACUGGCUGAAUAUGAGAAAGUCACAGACCAAGUGAAAAUCACUCAGAGAGACUUGGAGCAGGACGGCUUCUCCAAAAACCCGUUCUUCCACGGAAUCAUCGCUGAGGUUCCGGAGCAGCACAAAUCCAAAGAAGGUCAUAUGAAGAUCGGAUACGCACUUUACUUCUUCUCGUACAGCAGCUGGAUGGGCAGGGCUGUUUUCAUGGAGGAUCUGUACGUCAUGCCUGAGUACAGAGGAAAAGGCAUCGGAAAAGCACUGAUGAGUAAAGUAGCCCAGGUGAGCAGGUCCAUUGGGUCUGGCCGCGGCUGCCACCAGCUCAACUUCACCGUCCUGGACUGGAACAAAUCGUCUGUGGACUUCUACCUCCACCAGGGCUGCACCGACGUCACCACCGACAUGGGCUACCACUACAUGAGCUGCAAAGGGGAGGCCAUGGAGCACCUGGCCCAGCCCUGACCCGCCC